AUGGUACAGAAUUUUAAGAAACCUUCAGUGAUAAUUAAAGAUUUACAACCAUUCCAUGAACAUGUAGUGCAAAGAAAAGAACUUCAAGGAAAAAACACGCAACAAAGUAAUAAAAAACCAAAUGAAAUUUCUGCAGCUACUUCAUCAAAGCAACUUCACAAUGCUGCUCCCACACUUCCUGUACAUUCUCCCCACUCUCCGGUACAUCCGAAUUCUUACCCAAAUGUCCAGCAUAAUAAACUCUCUGGUCGCUAUAUCUACAAUAAGAAACCACAGCAGAAAUCUGAUAACAAACUAUUCAAUGCCAAGCAGUUGGCUAUCAACAUAAAUGAUUUUAGUGAAUCGGAAAGAUUUUCACCAAGUUACUCGCCCAUUACUUGCAAUUGCAUUAAAUCGCCCAAUGAGACAAUAACCCCAAAGGAAAGGAAUUAUUUUGAUUUUAGCCACAGUUCAGCAACAAAUAAGACGAUCAAAGAGCAGACAUUUAAUGUGUCCAACUCUCAGAUAUAUCGUAAAUACAACAACCAUGAUCAUUUACUGCCCAUACCACAAAGCUCAUUCGAAAAGAUGUCGACAAGUGAUUUAAAUUUAAAAAGAAUAGCUAAGAAAUCGCCCUUAAUUUCUCAACAGUCACGAUAUGAAAAGGCAAAUAUAACAGCAUAUGAUAACUCACAACGACUCGGCCGACUUGCGGCACAUCAUGACAAUCAGAAUAAAUACCAUUACGCAUUCGCAUUCAGUAAAUCGGAGCAAACAUCACCAAAUAAUAUAGAUAUAAAGAAGUCAACAUUUGCAUAUGAUAAUAACGAUCCGAGAAGUGCAAGUUCUUUGCUCUACGUUUCAUCCAUGGAUCCGUGGACAAAGAAAAGUGAGUUUCAAACGGAUGGACUUAAUCAAUAUAGCGAGAAUGCGGAUCCUUGGAUAAAACGAUCAACCGAAUCCCAAAUAAAAUCGCCGCGUAUGAAAGAUAAAGCACAAAAUGGCCAGAUAAAAUCAUUUUCUUCGGCCAAACGGGAACUUUCCUUGGAUACAUAUAAAAAAAUCGAAUUAUUUGCAACCAGAAGUGCAAAGACAUCAAAGCUUAAGAAAUGGGGGAGAUUAUGUCCUUUCCGCUCCACCUUCUCCACACUUUUUGAAAACCUCAAAUGAUGCUUCUUGUAUUGUAAUUCGUUCGCCCAACGAAGCUAUUCAAACGAAAUCUGCCAGCUUUUCACCAGCUAGAGGUAAAAAAUUUGCUUAAUCCAUUCGGAGAUAUUGCUAUUUGUGAUGACAACAUCACGCGACAU